CCAGAACCAUUUCUCUUAAUCAUUAUCAUAUCAUGGUCUAUCAAACGUUUGAAAAAUUACUUUUAUAACAAAUUUCUUUUGAAAAUAAUAAAACUUUUAAAAACCGAAUUGAACUACACGAACUUCCUUCGAUGCUCGGACAACAGCUCGGAGAAGAUGGUCCCAUUCCAGGACACCAGCAGCGAUGUAUUCUUUCAUGUUGGCAAAAUUCCAAUCGAACAAUUACGGAACUACACCACUAUGAAACUUGAAGAACAUUUGGGGGAUGUGAAAAAUAAGCCAUGGCUACCCCUACAACAUAUCAAGGAUGAGCUUGUCAACUGUAUACAACUGUUAUUCGGCUCCGUUUCCAGUAACGAGUUCAAGUACGACAAAGGUUUGUACGGAUGGAUGAGUAUGAUGAAGUUUUCUUGCGUACCACUUAAUGAAAACUACAUUUUGUAUGGAAUGGCCUUCACUCGAGCAAGAUUUCGUCUGAAACAGGUUUAUUUGAGGAGGCAGAACACGUACUGGACGACGUCUGGUCGAAGUAUAAUCACGAGAGAUGUACAAAAAAUUGCCGAAGUUUUUGCAAUUCGUCAUUCGAAUUUUGUCAUGGAAAAUGCCGAAGACGAACUGUACGCGAUGCACUCUAAGAAGACCAAAGGAAAUAGCAGCGAAAAUGGUAAUAACGUUUUUGAAGCGCAUUACAAUCAUCGCAUUUUGCACGCAUUACGGUCUAACAGCUCAAAAUGCACAAUUUCUGUUCUAGGUUUCUCUCUCUUAGUAUCUUCAGUUAUUAUAAAUCUUUCAAAUGAACUUAACGACAAGGCCUGUGAAAUGCUUGACUCAUGCAGUAAUCAGACUUGUUCAAUGACAACAAAUAAAGUCUUCACGGACCGUACCGAUGAUACACAAGCUCUGAUAUUCUAUCAAACUUCUCGCCCAUUUUUCAAAUUUGACAGCCACAAAAGGAAGACUUUGACUGAAUCACCUUCUUUGAUAGUUCAAAGCGAUGUUAUUGAUCAGCAUCUUCAUCCAUUUUGCUGCUAA